UCCAAUUUUGUACAAAAGAAAGAACUAAGAAAAAGAAAACAAACAACCGUCCCAAUCUCAAAAGUCCAUUUGAAUAUUUUUCUGGAAAAAGUGUAUGUAAAAUGCCAAGAAUAGUUGACAGUUAGUGACCCUUUGAAGUACUCAAAAGCAACAAACAUUUUAGUUAGAGAAGAAAGAAAGUGACAGUCAACCAAAUAUUAUAGUAAAAGAAGCAAACUGUGUGAUGCAAAAGGUGUAUCAAAAUCUUCGAUAAGAGGGGUUGUUCGGAUGGUAAGCGUACUCCACUUUCGACCUUUAGGUUAUAAAUUCGAGUCAUCGAGGGAGAAAAAAGGCGGGAGCUCCUAGGGAAGGGGUUAAAAAAAGUAUCAAAAUCUUCACUGAAAAACAUUACAUUUGAUUUCCCAUGUUUCAUUUUUGCUUGUUAUAUACAUAAAGUUAGAAUCUUUUUACCAUUACUCCCUUUUCAAAAAGUGUGCAUAUAGAUGAAAAGAUCACCACGAUUUUGGAAAAAGGAAGGAGCUUUUAGUUUUGUGUAUAGAAUUUUUCAUCAAUAGCCUCUCUAUCUCGACGAGGUAGGAUUAAGGUUGUUUGUGUACGCUCUACCCUCUUCAAACCCCACUUGUGGGAUUACACUGGGUAUGUUGUUGAUGUUGUAAAGAAAAGGGUAGCAAAAUCUUCAUUUAGAAACAUUACAUUUGAUUUCCCAUGUUUCUUUUUCCUUGUUAGAUAAAUAAAGUUUGAAUCUUUUUUUCCUUUUUCACGAAUUGUGUAUAUAGAUGGGAAGAUCACCACGAUUCUUGAAAAAACCUUUUAUAUAUAGAAUUUUUCAUUUGUCUUUUUCCCAUUUCAUGAUUCUAUGUUUUUUACUGUGUCAUCAACAAAAGGAAUCAUUUGACAGUUCUUGGUUGUCUUUGCUUUUCUGGGGCUGUGGGGUCUCCAGCAUUUUGAAGAAGUGAUGCCACAAAAUCCUAGAGGUUGGAUAACAGGUCAAGCUGCAACUUUGAGUUAAUGAGAGUUGUUGUGAUGUCUGGGGUAUAUGGCUCAAGAAAUGGUCUAAUUCUGUUUUGGAUAGUUUUCUUGUUGGCUUCGCUGACGAUGGUUUGUCCUGCUGAAGGAUUGAAUGCUGAAGGAAUGUACCUACUUGAGUUGAAAAAGAACUUAAAGGAUGAGUUUAACAAUCUUGAAAAUUGGAAUCCUGACGAUGAGACACCGUGUAGCUGGAAAGGCGUAAAUUGCACUUCUGGUUAUGAUCCAGUAGUGCAAACUCUUGAUCUGGGGUUUAUGAAUCUUUCAGGCACGUUGAGUUCUAGCAUUGGUGGUCUCGUAUGUUUAACCGUUCUUGACUUGUCUCACAACAGAUUCACAGGGAAUGUUCCGAAAGAGAUAGGAAAUUGCUCGAAAUUGCAGAGUCUUCAGCUCCAUGAUAAUGAAUUUUUCGGGCGGUUCCCUGAUGAGUUGUACAACCUUUCUCAUUUGGAAGACUUGAAUUUGUUCAACAAUAUGAUAUCUGGUUCUAUUUCAGAGGAGUUUGGGAGGCUCUCGUCUUUAGUUUCUUUUGUUGCAUACACCAAUAACCUCACUGGUCCACUCCCUCGAUCACUCGGGAAGCUAAAACAAUUGAUAACAUUUCGAGUGGGACAGAAUUCACUUUCUGGAAGUCUACCAGCGGAGAUUGGUGAUUGCGAGAGCUUACAAGUUCUUGGUCUUGCACAAAACAAUCUAGGAGGAAAUAUACCCAAAGAGGUCGGUACGCUUGGUAGAUUGGAACAACUUGUACUUUGGGACAAUCAACUCUCGGGCUAUAUUCCGAAGGAACUUGGAAAUUGUACAAAACUUGAACUGUUUGCUUUAUACCAGAACCACCUGGUUGGAGAAAUUCCUGCAGAAAUAGGUGAGCUAAUAUUUCUCAAGAGGUUAUACCUAUACCGGAAUGGAUUCAACGGUACAAUUCCAAAGGUCAUUGCGAAUCUUUCUUCAGCGAUAGAAAUUGACUUCUCGGAGAACCAUUUGACAGGAGAAAUACCAACUGAGUUCAGUCAAUUAAAGAACCUGAAACUGUUGUAUCUUUUUCAGAACCAGCUCAAAGGUGUCAUACCUCAGGAACUCACCCGUUUAAGUAACUUGGAACGUCUUGAUCUGUCGAUUAACUACUUAUUCGGCUCUAUUCCAUUUGCCUUUCAGAAUCUCACUGGAUUGGUUCAGUUACAGCUCUUUCAGAACUUUCUAAGUGGAAGUAUUCCCAAAGGUCUCGGGAACUAUAGCCGACUUUGGGUGGUUGAUUUAUCAAGCAACUAUCUCACAGGAAGAAUUCCUCCAUAUAUUUGUAGGAAUUCCAGUUUGUUUUGGCUAAAUCUUGGUUCAAAUAACUUGCAUGGGGACAUUCCAACUGGUGUUAUUAAGUGUGACUCAUUGGUACAACUUCGUCUUGAUGGUAACUGGCUACAAGGGAAUUUUCCUUCUGACUUGUGCAAAUUGAGUAAUCUAUCUGCUCUUGAAUUAGGACAGAACUUGUUCCACGGUUUAAUACCUCCUGAGAUUGGAAACUGUCGAAUGUUGCAAAGACUUGAUCUCUCAGGAAAUUAUUUCACGCACGAGUUGCCACAGGAGAUAGGGAAUCUCGAAUCACUUGUGACUUUUAAUGUAUCGUCUAAUUUUCUGACUGGUCAAGUACCACCGAGCAUUCUGAAAUGCAAGGCGCUGCAACGUCUUGAUCUCAGCAGGAACGGUUUUAUUGGUGUUAUACCUGAUGAAAUUGGAAAACUAGCGCAGCUUGAACGUCUUUUGGUCUCGGAUAACAAGUUUUCUGGAAGGAUGCCAGCAGCAUUGGGGAGGCUUUCUCGUUUGACAGAGUUGCAGAUGGGUGGAAAUUCAUAUUCGGGUGAAAUACCAUCAGAAUUGGGUAAUCUUACUGGUCUACAGAUUGCGAUGAAUCUUAGUAACAACAAUCUCUCUGGUACAAUACCACCUGAGCUUGGCAAUCUUAUCCUACUCGAGAGUCUCUAUCUCAACAAUAAUCAUCUGACUGGUGAAAUACCAAUCACAUUCGGACACUUAACGAGUCUAAUGAGCUGUAACUUUUCAUACAAUAACCUCACUGGACCACUGCCAAAUAUACAGCUGUUUCAGAAUAUGGAUGUCAGUAGCUUUAUUGGAAACAAAGGCCUUUGCGGUGGUCUUUUAGGUGGAUGUGACGAAUCUCCUCCAUUCAAUUCCGAUCCUCUAGUCAAAAGUGCAGGUGCUUCGAGAGGGAAGAUUGUUACUGUUGUUGCCGCUGUUGUGGUUGGUGUUUUUCUUGUUUUGGUUAUGGUAGUUUUGUAUUUGAUGAUGUGUCAUCCAGUUCAGACAGUUGUAUCCGUAAAAGACAAGGACGCGUCAUUUCCAGCUACGGACAUAUAUUUCCCUCCUGAAGUAGAGUUCACUUUCCACGACUUGGUUGAGGCUACAAACAACUUUCAUGACAGUUGUGUUGUCGGAAGAGGAGGUGUUGGGACGGUUUACAAAGCAGUCAUGCGAUCUGGGAAAAAGAUCGCUGUUAAGAAGCUGGCUUCUAACAGAGAGGGUAAUAACAUAGAGAAGAGUUUCCGAGCAGAGAUUUCAACUCUCGGAAAGAUCAGGCAUCGUAACAUUGUUAAACUAUACGGCUUUUGCUAUCAUCAGGGUUCUAAUCUUCUUCUUUACGAGUACAUGGACAAAGGUAGCUUGGGUGAAUUGCUUCACGGAGCAUCAUGUAGCUUAGACUGGCCUCAACUCUUUAAGAUAGCUCUUGGGGCAGCUGAAGGUCUUGCUUACUUACAUCACGAUUGCAAACCACAGAUCAUCCACCGCGAUAUCAAGUCCAAUAAUAUUUUGCUCGAUGAGAAGUUGGAAGCUCAUGUUGGUGAUUUUGGUCUCGCUAAAGUUGUUGACAUGCCUCAGACAAAGUCGAUGUCUGCAAUUGCUGGAUCUUAUGGCUACAUUGCCCCUGAAUAUGCUUACACCAUGAAGGUAACAGAAAAAUGUGAUAUCUAUAGUUACGGAGUAGUCCUAUUGGAGUUGUUAACCGGAAGAACACCAGUACAACCACUCGAUCAAGGAGGUGAUCUUGUCACGCGUGUUAGGCAUUAUAUUCGCGACAAUUCAUUGACACCAGGGGUACUCGAUAUCCGAUUGGAUUUGACAGAUGAAACUACUGUUAGUCACAUGCUUACAGUGAUGAAAAUUGCCUUAGUAUGCACUUGUAUGUCCCCGGCUGAACGCCCUUCAAUGCGCGAGGUCGUGUUGAUGUUGAAAGAGUCUGAUGAGCAAGAAGGUAACUUCAUCUUGUCUUAAACUUGAUAAUUCUACAUUGCUCCGACUCUCCAAAAAUGUUACCACAGCCGUGUUUUUGGAGGAUCGGACAUGCAUUCCGAGGCAUUUUUGAAAAGUCCGAGCAACAUAGGUUAAGUGUAUAGAAAACACCUUCCAUUAACUCUAAUAAGCUUCCUAGUGCUAGCUAGUUCUCAAAUGUAUCGUAUUCUACAGCCAAAUAAUAGAAAUUACCACAUGUUUCACAAAAUGUAAAUUAUAUUCCACUUUGGAGGCGAUAUACACUAAUUUUAUAUAAUUAUACACAUAUUAUACAUGAAUUCAUAUAUGAGAUACAUGGAUUUAUUGUCUUUUUAAAAGAA